AACGGUGGUGACUGAUGAGUGCAGUGUUGUGGAGUCGCCUGGAUCUUUCUUCAUUUUCCUACUUUUACCCGGUGUCUCACGGAACAUUUCGUCCAGAGGUGAAGCUUCACACGUCGGUCCAAGAUGUCGGUGGCCGGGCUGAAGAAACAGUUCCACAAAGCCAGUCAGCUACUCAGUGAAAAGAUCAGCGGGGCAGAGGGGACGAAGCUCGAUGAAGACUUCAUGGAGAUGGAGAGGAAAAUUGACGUGACCAACAAGUCUGUGUUUGACCUCUUGGCCAAAACACAAGAAUACCUCCAGCCUAACCCAGCCUCUCGAGCCAAACUGAACAUGCUGAACACAGUAUCAAAGAUCCGAGGACAGGUGAAGACCACCGGCUACCCUCAGACUGAAGGCCUGCUGGGAGACUGCAUGCUGCGCUACGGCCAUGAGCUGGGAGAGGACUCCGUUUUUGGCUGUGCUCUGGUGGACAUGGGUGAGGCCAUGAGGCAGAUGGCAGAUGUGAAGGACUCUCUGGACAUAAACGUCAAACAGAACUUUAUUGACCCUCUGCAGAAUCUACAGGACAAGGACCUCAAAGAGAUCACGCACCACCUGAAGAAGCUGGAGGGCCGCCGGUUAGACUUUGACUAUAAGAAGAAGCGUCAGGGGAAGAUUCCAGACGAGGAGAUCCAACAGGCUGUGGAGAAGUUUGACGAGAGCAAAGAGCUGGCCGAGAGGAGCAUGUUCAACUUCCUGGAGAAUGAUGUGGAGCAGGUGAGCCAGCUGGCAGCACUGAUCGAGGCGGCUGUAGAGUACCACAGGCAGUCGUGUGAGAUCCUGGAGGAGCUCAGCGGAAAGCUGCAGAAGAGGAUAUCCACAGCCAGCAGCCGGCCCAAGAGAGAGUUCAAACCAAAGUCCGUCAGGAGCAGCAUGGAGACCCUGGACAACAGUCAGCACAACGGACUGACCUACAGCUCCUCUCUCAAAUCCACCGAUAUCCAGAUCAACCACACAGUCAAUGGGAAAACUGAUCAUAUAACCUCUGUUCCACUGUCAUGGCCUGACAGCCCCACUACCAAUGGCAGUGUUCACCAGUUGGAGGUGUUGGACCAGCCGUGUUGCCGCUCUCUCUAUGACUUCGAGCCAGAGAACGAAGGCGAGCUGGGCUUCAAAGAAGGUGACAUCAUCAUCCUCACCAACCAGAUAGACGAGAACUGGUACGAGGGCAUGAUCAAUGGCGAGUCCGGCUUUUUCCCCAUCAACUACGUGGAGGUCAUCGUCCCUCUGCCUCAGUGAAGACCGGCACAUCGAGUCAUCUGCAGACUCCGUCCUGCCUCUGUCCUGACUCGGUCCUGAAAAUGCGAAGGAGGGGGGCGAAGCUGAAAAAAAAUCUGAUUUCCAGGCCGAGCCAGAGAGGUAGUAGUUUUGUCCCGAGCUGACUUAGGAUCAAAUUUCGCUGAUUACAUUGUUUUCUCUGUUGAUAUUUAUGAACCUGAAGCCAACUGAAACCCAAGCCAUUAAGCGGGACACUCUGCUUGGUUGGACCCUUCGUGUCCUUUGGGUCUGACCGAGGUGAAAAUGUCCAGCAGUCGUCAAACUCUGUAGUCCAUCCUGUCAGUCCCUCAGAUGACUCCGCUCCCCGUUUACACUGAUUGAAGUUUAUUUCAUUGAGCUGUCUGCCUGUCUUUGCCCCCUCACUACAGACUGAGGCUUCUUAUCUUUGUUCAAGUUCACCGUUGGACAUCACGACUGAAGAGUUCGUCAUUUCAAAAAAUGAUAUGCUUUCAUUUGCAUUACAGUCACAUUAGAAACGUGAUAUACAUUUCAGGAUGUUUUCAGUCCCAUUACAUCGUCAUACAGAGGCUUUGUGUUUGCUCCACAAAUCCCACAUAGCUAUGGCUUGAACUGUCGUGGACAUCUGUCAUCGUGCUGACCACAUGCUAGCUACAAGAAACUAAAAUAAUCCAAGUACAAAUGUAGGCAGGAGUUAAUGACAAGCAACCCCAGGUAUCACGCCAUGCAGACGGAUUUGGUUUUAUUUUAUCAAGCUUUGAGAUAUUGUCUUCAAAGUUAAUGACUCCAUUCCAAUUUAACACAGGUGAAUGGAAUUUAAUUUGUGGUGCUUAUAGAUUGAACAAAGAAAAAAGAAAAGCUAAGAAAAUUGGAUCUGUUUAAAUUUGGGUGAACUGACCCAAAAAAGCACACAUUUUCUCAGCCACUGCUUCCCAGAAAGACUUCCAAUAUGGCCGCCUCGGUGCUGAAUACCACUGAUUUUGUGUUUUGUAUUUUAAAAGCAUUUUAUAUAUGUGUUGUCUGAACACAGGCCUCAUUUUUCUGUUUUUAUGACUCCUUGUGAGGCCUUCCAGUGAAGUCUUGCCAAAGUUCGAGGAUAAUUUCAGCUCCCUCAAUGUUGUUGUAAUUUUGCCCAUCAUUUCUAUCAGCAGUAAUAACAUUGUACUCGAGAACAAAGUGAUAUAGCUGAAAAGAAGUCAGACAUGUCAAGAAACCCCAGCAGUGAGACAAUUAGUUUGUAAAGCUGUGCUAACCAAUAUGGGUCACUCCACAGUGGGUCAAAUGACUACAACCUAGCUCUUGUAGCUUUAGCAACCCCCAAGGCUGAAAAAUGACACCAUCAAGGAAGUGCCAAAAACUGCAGUUCCUCAAAUGGCCACUUGGGGCUGG